UCUUGCUUUGCGGCUAGCAAGUGUGAACGAUUUGCGGUCAGUCUGUCAGCGGAGCUUGUUUGACACGUUACGUAUACGCCGCGUUGACCGCUGAUCGUUUGCUGUGUGGCUAUUCGACUGUUCGCGGCUGCACGUGUUGGUUUGAUUUCUUCUCUUUUUGUGCUUUCCGUCGUCUAAGGACUUGUGCGCAGUUUUGAGUCAUACAAAAGCCGGAACGCAUACGUCAACGUGACAGUCGCAACAAAAACGCACUCCACUAUUGUGCCGCACAGAACGCAGAGACACGUGAACUCGUGGCGGCUGCCAGCAUCGCCGUCGCAGCUCCAGAAUUGCUGGAGUCUGCCGACGAGGAUGGCUUUACGCCGCUUCACUUGGCUGUUAUUCAGGGCAACUUGGCGAUGGUCAAUUUGCUGCUGGCGAAUAAAGCCGACGUGAAUGCGGUCGAUAACGAGGGCCACUCUGUGGUGCAUUGGGCGACGGUUUGCGGUGAGGUGGAGGCUUUGCGUUCGGUGUUGGCGGCUGGUGCGAAUAUUGCGAUUCCCGAUUUGAACGGUGGCACGCCGCUACAUUACGCGGCGCAGAUGUGUGGCGCCAGUGUUGACAACAAAGUGGGUCAGGCUAAUGCCACUAAGCUGGCACUGGAGAUACUCGGCAUACUGCUAGCGCACCCGCAUUCCAGUGUUGACGUACAGGACAAAGACGGACGUCAGCCGCUGUUGUGGGCCGCUUCGGCGGGUUCCGCGAAGGCCGUCAUUGCGCUGGUGAAGGCUGGUGCACGUGUGGAAAGCGCAGAUAAAGAUGGUUUGACGGCGCUGCACUGUGCAGCCUCACGCGGGCACACCGAAUGUAUUGACACUCUGAUAAGUCUUUGUGGCGCACCAACAGACCUGAUUGAUUCGAACGGCUGUACGGCCCUACAUUACGCUGUGACACUGGGCCAUGCAGAUGCCACCGCACGUCUGCUCGAUUUGGAUGCCGAUCCGAAUCGGCAAGACCGCAAGGGACGCACACCAGCGCACUGUGGCUGUGCAAAGGGACAAUUUGAAACGGUUAAACUGCUGAAGGAACGUGGCGCUAAUUUGUGGCUACGCAAUGCUAAGGGCGACUUGCCGGUGCAUGAGGCAAGCUCAUCGGGUCGACGUGAGCUCGUCGAGUGGCUGUUGGAACAGCGACCCAAGCAGGUGAAUACCACAAGCAAUGACGGGCGCAGCCUCCUGCACAUAGCGGCAAAUAAUGAUUACACUGAUGUGUGUAAAAUGCUGCUGGACUAUGGCGGCGAUAUCAAUGCCAUAUAUCGCAAUAGCAAAGGUGUUGUCUACACCCCGCUCGACUGCGCUUUGCAGAAGGGACAUCGUGCAACUGCCAAGUUUCUGCAGUCGCAUGGCGGUUUGCCAGCCAGCAAGCUGCGCUUGGCAGCACGACGGUCGAAUCCAUUUCAUGAGGUCAGCACCGAUAUGGUGCGCCCGCUGCGGUAUGUGGAGAAGGAGGAGCUGCAUGAUUUACAAAACUCGAAGAAGUAUGUUGUCUACCUGAAACACUCGGACUCGGAUGUCGGUGGUGGAGAGGGUGAUAGUAAUUGCAGCUGCCACGAGCGAACCUAUCGCAGAGAACAAAAGUUUGCGCAUACUUGCCGACGUCAUCAGCACAGUAGACGACGGGAAACUCGACGACGCACCAGUAGUUGUGGUGAGCCGAAAAAUUGUCACCAUCAAGACAGCGGUGAAAUUGAUAUUUGCCGCUCUAAAAGUAAUAUUGAGAUAAGGCGUCGUAAGUCACGUGAGCGUUACGCAAGCUCAAGCGAAUGGGAGGAUAGAGUCGAUGAGUACAAUGAAGACGACGAAGAUUCGUGUGAGAAUUGCUGUUAUCACAAACGACAGAAACAGCGUGUUAUACGUAGAAAGUCAAUAUCAUCACGACGUUCGAAGGAGCGCGAUGGACGAGAUCGUGGCAGUGAGAAAGAGUCUUCACCAGAGAAAAGUAAAGUUAGAGAGGUUGAAGUGGUACGCGAAGGCGAAGAGAAAGCGUCAGAGCCGAAGGAGGAGUCAGCAACAGAGCCAAGUAAUGGUAAAGAAGAAGCUGCAGAAAGAGAGAGUCGCCCAGAAUCGGCAACUACGCGCACUCCAGUUAAUACGCCUGGUAAAGCAGCUAAAGAAGCAACAUUUAUUAAGUUCACACAGUCAACUGAAACUCAAUCUAUGGAACUAACGGAUGAAGAUGGUAAGCCAGCAGCCGAGCUAGUAACUACUCAAGUAGAUGUUCAUCAGGAAGCAGACGAUGCUUCUGUACAGCAGCAGCCCGAUACAGAAGAAAAGAUACAAGCAGCAGUGGUUAGAGAUGAGUCGGAAGACAUGACCAAGCUGGCUGAAGAGAUGAAAAAGGAAGUCGAUCAGGUGAUGAAAAUCGCUGCGUUGGCGCUCGAAAGCGAUGCACAAAAUGGUGAAAAUAAUAAAGAGAACGGAGAUCAGAAUGGAAAGCCGGUGAAUGAAGAGAAUAAAGAGUUAGUAGAAUCAGCUGUGGAGACCGUGGAAACAGAAGUUGUGAAAAUUGAUGCACCAGCUACACCACAACCUGAAGAAGCCAUUAAAAUUGUACCUAAUGUAACCGAAACUCCAGCAACGCCAAUACCAACACCAUUGCCAAGUCCCAUACCUGAAGCAACAGCUGAAGAGCCUCCUACUUCAGCUGCUGCCACCACUACGCCAACUCAACCCGAGGAACCACCGUCCAAUGCUACAGACACUAAACCAUCUGAAACUUUAACAGCACCAGAUACCACUGGAACAGAAACGGCAGCACCAGCUGAAACCAAAGACUCAGCUGAAGUGGCUGAUACUUCCAAAACCGUACCAACUGCUGCAGUUACUUCCGAAGAAAAGCCCACACCAGAACAACGAACACUUCCGUCUAACACUACUUCCGUUCAGCAACCAACACAAGUUGAAACACAAAAACCGUCCCGUGAAUUAGAACCCCGACGUUCAUUCACCUUAUUACCGUCUGAUUCAGCCGAAGAUGAGGGUACUGAAGAAGUUGUGCGCAAAUCAAGCUUCCAAAUUUUGAAAAGUGAUGAGUCCGGUGGCGAAAGUGGCAGACACCAAGAUGAGCUCGAGCUCAGCGACUCACAAGUCUUUAAAAUAGUUACCGAACCACAACUACGUUUGGGCAAACCAUAUCUGGAAACAGAAGCAAGCUCAAUGGAUGACGAGCAUAGGCAAGCUGCCGCCGCCGACUAUGAGCCGGAUGAAGAUCACAUCGAUGAAGAUUACGAUAAUGAUGAACUUAAGAAAACUACCGGUGGCGUGCUCAACCGUCACGGUGUCGGUAACGCGGAUGGUGCAUUGCCAACCAGCGCCGUACUCGGUGUCUACGAUUACUCCAACGGCCGUAAACGUCGUCUCAAGAAACGUGUGCGUAGUGGACCGAAAACACGUAGCAAUUGGAAAACCAAAACAGAUAUAACCGAUGGAGAUGGCGAGCAAACCGGCAGCUAUGCGCAUGCAGCACAAUCUAGCAAAGAUCAGGAUUCCGGUUUCGAACCAAGUCCACGUGCGUCGAAGAGUAAAAUACCGACGCCAAGGAAUAUCUAUACAGCACAUGUGCCGCGGCGACACAUCUACGCCACACUUGAUGGCCGCUCUUGUAGUAGUCGUUUGGAGGGACGUAAGCCGGGUGAACGGGGUGCCUGCGACAUGUCCGCAGUGACCCGUUCCAUACAACGCAACAUCAGAAGGUAUUACAUGGAGCGUAAGAUCUUCCAACACCUGCUGGAAUUGAAGUCACUACAAAUACGCUCCACCAAACUGAACGAGGCGGUGCUGGUGAAGCGCGCCGUUGACGAUUACCACAAAUCAUGUGCGGCUUUGGGUGGUGAGACGGGCACACGCUUGCGGCGCUAUCCAUUCAGCGAGUACACAUUCAAGAAUUUCGAGUUGUUCCUCUACGAAACACUGAAGGCACUGCAGAAGCCGGGCACCUAUAAUUUCCAGAAUAUCAACGAGGUUUACGAGGAGGCGGAACGCCGUUUGAGUCCCGAUUACAACGCUUACGAGAAGGCUCUACAGUGCACCACCAAGACCCACCGCUGUCUGCAUGCGGCACACGCCUACACUGGCAUACCGUGCGCCGCUUACAUACCCAUGAUGAACCAUCACACGAUGCCGAAGUUCGGCUUUGGCGCGUACAAGAAGACCGGUGUGGGGAGUUUCUAUCUACCGAAGAUACUUACCAGCGGCGGCUGCGGUGGCACGGGCGGCGCGGGUGGCUGUGGUGGUGGCGGCGGCAAAGUUGCGCUGGAGCUAUCGCAUGGCAAGAGCAAACAACUUAUUUCACUGCCCUCGGACAAGUUGGACAGCAAUAAACGUUACUACGUCACAUUCACGGUGAAGGAGUCGGCCGGCGGUGGUGGCGGCAGCGGCACCGGUGGUGUGGCAGGCGCCGCAACUGCUGGUGGUGGUAGUGGUGCGGAUGCCGCCGGUGUUGCAACCGAUAAACAGGCAACUGGCGGAUGUUGCGGUGGCAACGAUGCAACCGGAAAGUAGAACAACAAACAACAACACUCUCUGCAUGCUGAACUGCAACGCCAACGCCACGCACUUCCACAACAGCCGGACAAGUUAAUAACAAACGGAAAUCAAAUGCAAUAAUGUCGUGUGCACUUCCUCCGCGCGGGUGUUGCUCCACCGGGUGGCCAGCAAGCGGAGCGAGUUGAGUUGAGAGAGGGAGAGUUUUGAUAGUUUGUAUAUGGUAUGUGGGGCGGUCAUGUCAUGUUCGUGAAAACGCUAAGCAGCGCUGCGUUUAAAACUUUAUUUUUUGAAAGCUGCCAGCAUGCAACAACAACACACACAUGCACACAUGAAUAUGAAAGAAGAAGGGGGAAUACAGCGAAAAGCGCGGAUUUAUUGCUUCAUUGGUUGCAGUUCAACUUUAGCCAUUUUCUCUUUACUUUGCUUUAUUUUUACAGUUAUUCUACUUUGUUAUUGUUUUCGGUAUACAACAAAAUAUUGAUACCCUACUCGUUGGUUUUGGUUACACAAAUGUGAUUUUCGCCAAUUUUGAGUUAAGCUCUUUAUGAGCUCAAUUAUAUCAAGAUUAUCAAAUAUAUUUAUAUUUUAAAUUAUAUCAGUUAUGAAGUGAAAGAGUAUUACACUGGUUGCUUAUACCGUCCAAAGUGUCAGAGACUUAGUUUAUCUCAAAAAUUCCGCAAAUUUCAUUUCGUUCAAUUUGUUGGAGAUUUUUAUUUAUUUUAAGUCAAAAAAACUACUGAAAAAUGCCAGCUUAGCAUUUUACUAAUACACAAUGUAUUUGUGUAUAUUUGUAUGUGGAGCAGUAGUACUUUAGCGUCCAGUAUGAUUUUAUUUGUCUCUCUCUCUUGGCUUGCUUAGUUGUGCUUAAAAGUUGCUAAAUUCCUUUGGAAACUCGGUCACUUCAUUAAGAAGUUGUUGCAUUGCUCGAAGGACAAUGCUCUAAAAGUUUUAUUUACGCAGCAAAAGUGAAGCUUGUUGCCUUUAAGUAAAAUAACUGUUCGACUGCCGAGCGUGCUUUGAGAGUUUAAUUUUUUGAUUUUAGAAGAUUUUUAUUUUUAUAUAUAUUUUUCAAUUAGUUAAUUUCUUAGUUUAGUAAACUAAUUAAGUGGUCAAUCGUGUAUCUUUUGAUUGAUGACUUCGAUUUUUAAAAGGAAUAUUAUUUUUGGCAGAUCUUCACAUUAAAUUUGUAGAUACAGACAGAGGAAAAUCUGAUUUAAGUGCAAAAGAAUUAGUGAAUUAGGAUAUCCCUUAAGGAAAAUAUGAACUGGUCAGUAUGAUUUCUAACAGAAAAUCUUUUAAACUUCGAAUUACGUUCGAGCUUUUGUGCUGAGUCGAAGUUUAUGUAUUUCUAGGGUUCUAUAUGCUGAUUGAGAAUUAUAGAUUUUUGUAAUAUGACAUGAUCAGUUGAGCUGCAGGUCCGUACUAUAUAAAAGCUUUAUGGACGACUUUCGAUUAUUCCAAAAACAUCAAAUGUGUUGGAUUUAAACACACUAGGUUUGAUUAGCCGUGUGUUCUGUUUAGAUCAGUUGAAGUGGCAUUUCGUUCUCACUGCAGUUAGUGACGAUUCCAAUGAUAAUAUUAGACCAUAUUUUUUUGAAAUCCAAUAAUAUUAAUACAACACACCACAAAGCGAACGAAAAUAUUGACCAAAUGGCAUUGGUAUGUAAUUAUGAACGAACAACUGGUAUAAAUGAAAUAGACCAGUAUAAUCAAAUAGCAAUAGAAUAACAAGCUUUUAUACCGUUAUACACUCUCUUGUAUUGAAUUCGUAGGUGUAAUUUUGUUAUUGACAAAUUCAAUAUGUUAGCAGGAGAGCAGUGUUGCACUGCUACUUAUUCUUCCAAGAGAUUUUUGAUUUUUAAUUUCAUGAAACAUUUAUGUUGACGUGAGAAAUGUUCGUGAAAAUUUUAGGUAAUUUUUUUCAAAGUAAAAUCUCCUCGAAUAUUAAAAUAUUCUUCUUUUUUAUUGGGUUUCUUGAACGGAAAUAUUACAAUGAUGAUAUAGAAUGUUUGAAAUCUUCUACUAUUACAUUUUUAAGGAAUUUUUUUCGGCAUUUAGAUGUAGACUAGCUUUUAUUUCGCUCGGAUAUUUAUACAAAGAUCUUGUCAACUUUUUAAAACUACCUAACCGAGAUUUGGUAACUUCGGAGAGACGUUGGAUAAAAAUUCGAAAAUUUUUUUUUAAAUUUUGUUAUUCUUCAAUAUAUAUUUAUUUAUGCUUUCAUAAAAUAUAAAUUGAAACCCUACUCUCUUAAUAGUCACAAAAUUAGUGUGAAGCUCUCUUUGUAAGUUUGAAAAGUUGACUCUUAGCGAGAGUCUUUUGUAGCACACUGUAUGCUUCUAAAUUGAUAGCUCAUUGAUAAAUUGGUUUGUAAUGAAUAGUUUGAUUUGUAAUUUAUUAUUCCUUCAAGAUGCUAAAGCUGACCUCGAACAACUAUGUUUUAAGCCUGUCAUUUUUAAUAACGGUUAAUUUAUUGUUACUAAGUGGCAUCAAUAAAGAACUGCAAUUUAUGAAGCACUAGAUUUAAGCAAACUAAUCAGCAACAAAAAAAAAAUAAAUAUUAAAACCGACAUAUAAAAAGCAAUAACCGAUGGAUAUAUACUUGUAAGAGUAUAUACCUACAUAUUUACUAUGUAAUUGGAAGUAAUGCAAAUGCGGUGCACAAAUAUAGUAAUUAAGUGUAAUAAUUGCAUUUUAAUAAUAUUCUUGAAAGACAACAAUAAAAACAACAAUAAUAAAUUAUUCUUAAUUAACAAUGAAAUCUCCAAUUGAAAAGUGCUGCUAAUCGAAAGCAACUGCACAGUUAUGUUCUUUAUGUAUAUGUAAUUGUAACCUUAAUGUGAAUCAUACUUGUAGUUAAUUGUAAUUGUAAUAUUUUACAAAUAAAAUGGAGAAAAUGAAAAUAAAUUGCC